UUGAACCGCAGGCCAAGAUGCUUUACUGACUCCACUGUAAGGUUGUCCACAGGGAAAGUGGUCAGGAAGAGCGGAAUGCCCUUCAGCGACAUCCUCGAUUGUUAUCAUUUUUAGUCUCUGCAACACGGCUACGGAAAGUACAAUAAAAAUGCAAAAUUCCCCAGCACGAGUUUGGAAGUGAAAAAAAAAAAAAAGGGAACAUAAAAGGAAACACUCAACCUCCUCAAGAAACGCACAGCUCACUGCCCCGCCUUGGUGUUUAUAUUUUUCUCCUUGGCCCCGCCCCCGGGCCACGAGAGCGGCCAGGCCACGCCCCCACGCCGAAGUUCCAGGGCCGGACUCGCCGAAAUCUUCAGCCUGCCUGCAGGGAUUCCCUCACCAGCCAAUCGCGUCUGAGCCACGGGGCCGCCAGGAACAAAGAUGGCCGGGGCGGCUUCGGCGAGGGCAGCCUGAUCCGAACGCCAGGCACCCGGCGGGACGGCAAAGGCAGAGUGGCAGCCGCGCGGUCGGGAGCAUGGAGGAGGGCAGCAGCGGCGGCGGCAGCAGCGGUGGCAGCGACAGCAACACCAGCGGGAGUGGCGGGGCGCACCAGAGAGAGCUGGAACGCAUGGCUGAAGUCCUGGUGACCGGGGAGCAGCUCCGGCUGAGGCUCCAUGAAGAAAAGGUUAUUAAAGAUAGACGGCAUCAUCUCAAAACCUACCCGAACUGCUUUGUCGCGAAAGAACUCAUUGACUGGUUGAUUGAACACAAGGAGGCCUCUGACCGAGAGACGGCAAUAAAACUCAUGCAGAAACUAGCCGACCGGGGCAUCAUUCAUCACGUGUGUGAUGAGCACAAGGAAUUCAAGGAUGUAAAACUCUUCUACCGCUUCAGAAAGGAUGACGGUACCUUCCCGCUGGACAACGAAGUGAAGGCCUUCAUGAGAGGACAGAGGCUGUAUGAAAAACUGAUGAGUCCGGAAACCACACUCCUCCAGCCCAGGGAAGAGGAAGGGGUGAAGUAUGAGAGAACUUUCAUGGCUUCUGAAUUCCUAGACUGGUUGGUUCAGGAAGGAGAGGCCACAACCAGGAAAGAGGGAGAGCAGCUGUGCCACCGGCUUAUGGAACAUGGCAUCAUACAGCAUGUCUCCAACAAGCACCCAUUUGUGGACAGCAAUCUCCUCUACCAAUUCAGAAUGAACUUCCGCCGGAGGCGAAGACUGAUGGAACUGCUCAAUGAAAAGUCCCCGUCCUCCCAGGAGACACAUGACAGUCCCUUCUGCCUGAGGAAGCAGAGCCAUGACAAUCGGAAAUCUACCAGCUUUAUGUCAGUCAGCCCCAGCAAAGAGAUCAAGAUCGUGUCUGCCGUGCGGAGGAGCAGCAUGAGCAGCUGCGGCAGCAGCGGUUACUUCAGCAGCAGCCCAACGCUCAGCAGCAGCCCCCCUGUGCUCUGCAACCCCAAGUCCGUGCUGAAGAGACCCGUCACUUCUGAGGAACUCUUGACUCCUGGAGCUCCGUAUGCAAGGAAGACAUUCACGAUUGUCGGCGAUGCGGUUGGCUGGGGCUUUGUGGUGCGAGGAAGUAAACCAUGCCACAUCCAGGCUGUGGACCCCAGUGGACCUGCAGCAGCAGCAGGGAUGAAGUCAAUAACUACUGAUUGAUGCCAUGUGCUAAUUGUCACAGUGGGCCAUCAUGGAUUUACAGCUGAGCAAAGAAAAAGACUUUAAGUUAUACUGGACUGAAUAUAUAAUUAAAUAUACAUAUAAUUAGUUGCAUAUAUGUAUAUCUGAUAUGUUAACUGUGAAGGAGAAGAAAGUGCUCGUACUUUUUAACAAGAUGAUGGGGGCUGAAAGGGAGUGCCUCCUUGAGGAGAGAAUUGAGCCCAGGUCUAAAGAAUGAAUAGAAAUCAGAUAAAUGUCUGUGCACUAUGUACAUGGAUUCAGAGGCUGUGUCUCCAGAGCAUAUAUUUUCCUUUUCUCCACUUCUGAGUCAUCAAGGAAGUAAGUUGUUUAUCUUUGCCUCAUAUUCCCAUUGAUGUUGGGUCAAAGCUCAUGGGUCCAGGUGACCAUUGACUGAGCCCUUGGAAUCCAUGAGCAAAAAUAAACCAUCUUCCUUGUACGUUGU